AUGAAGAACUUUCUCGGUGGCAGUACUUCUUCUCCUCCUUCUUCGGGUACUGAAUAUAUUCCUUCCUCUGAGCCUCCUGAAGAUGCUCAGUCUGAGGUUCCUUCUGAAAUCUCCAUUAUAGAGGCUUCAUCAUAUUCUGCUCAUGUUGCUUCUAGAGGUCGUUGCCUAUUCCUUCUCAUGCUGUCUUUUCUUCAAGGUCUUUUCUUUGUCCUAGUUGUAUUGGUCGCUUUGCUGAAACUGAUCGGCUCAGAGAAAUUAUUGAAAGUGAUUCUUCCGGUUCUCACUGUAGAAGAUGUCGGUUUGACAAUGAAACCUUUAAAUUUAUAA